AUGGUGCCGUUGACAUGUCUAUUAAUAUCUUAUACUACAAAUAAAUUCCCAGCUGAUUAUGUUCCAACAGUUUUCGAUAAUUAUGCAGUAACAGUAAUGAUUGGUGAUGAACCUUAUACAUUUGGGUUAUUUGAUACAGCAGGACAAGAAGAUUAUGAUCGUUUACGUCCAUUAAGUUAUCCUUCAACAGAUGUUUUUUUGGUUUGUUUUUCAAUAACUUCACCAGCAUCAUUUGAAAAUGUUAAAGAAAAAUGGUUCCCAGAAAUUCAUCAUCAUGCUCCAGGAGUUCCAGCAAUUAUAGUUGGUACUCAAGUAGAUUUAAGAGAAGAUCAAAUCAUUAUUGAAAGAUUAAGAAGACAAGGUGCUUCACCAAUUAAACCUGAAGAAGGUGAAAAAUUAGCUAAACAAUUAGGUGCAGUAAAAUAUGUUGAAUGUUCAGCUUUAACUCAAAGAGGUUUAAAAAAUGUUUUCGAUGAAGCUAUAGUUGCAGCUUUAGAACCUGAAUCUGUUGCACCAAAAAGAAAGAAGAAAUGUGUUAUUUUAUAG